UAGGAAGCCCGUCCCUACCGUCGUCUACCCGCCGCCAGCACGACUCCUCCUUCCCGCUUGAACAGCUUUUCCGCUUCCUCUCGGUAGUCUCCGGCGCCGGCGAGCUCCUUCACCGGCAUCCCUCCCCCUUCCUUCUGCGCGCUUCAUUUUCCUCGUCGUCGGGCUCCCCGCCUCCGCAGCCACAGAACCGAAGCGGCGUCGAUGGGAGGCGAGGCCACGAGUGCCGGCGGCGGGGGUUUCCGCGCGCGGAUGGAGCACUACCUGUACAGUGGAGAGAAGAAGCACGUCCUCGCCGGCAUCGCCAUCUUCGCCGCCGUCUUCGGCGUCCCGUGGUACUUCAUGACCCGAGGAGCAAAGCAUGAAUCUCAUCAAGAUUACAUGGAAAGGGCUAACAAGGCGAGGUCGGAGAGGCUUUCUUCUGGACAGCCAUCGGCACUGAAAGAAUGAAGUAGUAGUGCCUAUUCUGGCCCCUGACGUCUAGAGCUCAGCAUACUCUUUUUUGUUUGUAAUCAGAGGAUUUUGGUCUAUUGUGAAAUAAGCAGAUAUCUUUCUUAUCUCGCUAGAUGUAGAAAAUUGGUGUAAUACACACCAGAAAAUUUGUCUACUGGAGCCUACGUUUCCGUCUGAUAUUCUCGAGGGCAUGACCCAUACAGAAGUCUUGCAAUAUUUUCUACCUGUUGCGUAGUAUUUCAGCUAAAUGUUUCCCUA